AUGAGUUUAAAGAUCCUUACUUGGAAUGUCAGGGGUUUGAACUCAAACAGCAGAAGAACGCUGGUUCAUAAGAUGAUUCAAAUGAUAAAGGCUCUAAUAAUCAUUUUGAAAGAAACUAAAAUGAUGCAGUGUUCUUCGUGGGAUAUAAAACAAAUCUGUGGGUAUAAAAAUGUUGGGUGGACGUUGCAACAAUCAAUUGGAAGCACAGGAGGUAUGCUUACUCUAUGGGAUAGAGAUCUAGUAGAAGUCAGUGACUCCCUUGUAGGCAAUUACACCUUAUCCAUUCUUUGCACUAAUAAGAUGGAUAAUUUCAGAUUGAUUCUCGCAAAAGUAUAUGGUCCAAUUAAACCGGUUGAAAGAACUACGUUUUGGGGGGAGUUGGAUAACAUUUACAGUUAUUGGAAUGAUUUACCUUGGUGUCUUGGUGGUGACUUCAAUACUAUCACCAAGUGUGAUGAGAAGAAGAAUUGUAACAAGAUUACUAGCAGCAUGAAGAAUUUCAAUGAGUUUAUUAUUGAGCAUGAUCUUAUUGAUUUGCCUCUAAAAGGUGCAAGAUAUACUUGGUCAAAUGGACAGACAAACCCGGUUAUGUGCAGACUUGACAGGUUCCUUAUCUCUCCUUCCUUUGAGCAACACUAUCCUUUUGUGUCCCAACUAGACAAAGCCAGACCCACCUCUGAUCAUAUCCCUUUAGUUUUAGAUAUCUCAGACCCAUCUUGGGGACCUACUCCUUUUAGAUUUGAAGUCAUGUGA